AUGGCACCCGCUUCCAUUCUGCGGGUCGCCCGCUGUCCGGCCUGCAGUUUGUCUGCCCUGCGUCCAUUCAUUAGCAGCUUUGCAGGAUCCCACGCCCGCGUGUCAGUGGCGACCUCGAGAAGCCAUUUCCUUGCUCCAAGAACGGCCGCGACGUUCUCAACUUUCCGGCCCACACCACGUCGUCUAGGGGGUCCCUCGAUUAUAGAGGAAGCAGUCGACGAGGGGCGUAGCAACGACGAGCCGAAGCCAAACGACACCCCGUCUUCAGAGUCCAGUGGCUCCGACGAACCGUGGUAUUUACAGGUCGAGCCGCCGAGACACCCGACCCUCGUCCACGAACCGUCGCCGUUGCCCGACAUACCCGACGAUUCACCCAAGAUUAUGGAACCACUACUCAAGUUUGUGGCGGACGAACUAGGCUUGGACGACUUGUCGCUGCUCGACCUGCGGGAGAUGGACCCCCCUCCGGCGCUGGGCCCGAACCUGAUGAUGCUCUUUGGGACGUCCCGCAGUGAGCGCCAUCUCCACGUUUCGGCAGACCGUAUGGUUCGGUGGCUGCGCGGCCGCGGCAUCCUGGCCAAGGCCGAUGGGCUUCUUGGGCGGAACGAGCUGAAGAUCAAGCUGAGGCGCCUUGCGCGCAAGGCGAAGAUGCUUGGAAACUCGGGGGUCAUGCGCGGUGGCGACGAUGGUAUUAGCACGGGGUGGGUUUGCGUCAACCUCGGCAUUGUGGGGGGAUCAACCCAGGAGGUUGAGAUGUUCGACGCGGAGGGCAGGUCGACGGGUUUCGGUGUACCACAGACGGGCACUAGCAUCGUCAUUCAGAUGCUCACCGAGUCGAGGAGGAAAGACUUGGACUUGGAGGGGUUGUGGGGCGGCAUGCUGCAGAGGAGCCUGGAGAAAGCACAUGGGCUGCCGGCCCUUGGCGCCCGUAGAACAACCCCUUUGAGCUUGGCAACCUGA